ACCAGCUGACUAAUCCCAGCCCACCCGCAUUCAAAUCCACAUUUACCCCGACAACCCGGAAGUGAGCCUCACCACAACAUUCCACCCCGCCACUCCCAUCGCCUAUCCUCCUCGAACACCACCACGAAAACAGCAACAAUGGCAUCGCGAUACGCAUUCUCGAGUGGCCUCAAGGAGCUGCGAUUCCUGUUCUGUCAGACCGGAGAACAGAGCAGCGCUGUUCGACAGUUCUUAGCGAAAUCAUACCCGGUUAUGAAGAAGCAUAAUCCAGACACGCCAAUCAUGAUUCGGGAAGCUGCCGGCAUCGAGCCGAGGGUCUUUGCUCGUUUCGAGUUCGGCAAGGAGACACAGAAGCCGCUGAUGGGGCUCUCGGACAAGGAGAUCGAGGAAGCUGUCAACGGGCUGGUAAAGAAUGGGUCAGCAUAGGUGGGAGUCGGAGGAGGAGGGGAAGCUAUGGUGGAUGUAUGCACGGCUACACACAACAUGUCUACUAGAUUCUACACGUCCACGGUUACAUACGCUUCAAUCACGGUCUACCGAAAAAUCACUCGUUUUUGUG